UGUUCUCCAACACUAAUGUUCAAAAGUACUUUAAACUAAGUAGAAUUUGUGACUGAAACAAGUGUUUUGUUUUAAACAAACAAAGGCGCCCGUCGACUAAAAGUGUGAUUCUUCGCGAGAAGGACGCGGACGACGUCACCGCGUCGCGUUAUCGCCCUGAGCAGACGAACAGUCCCGAACCGGCCUCUAAACCGGCAGAAGCAUGAAAAAUGUCAAUAGUGACACGAAAAAAGUGACGACAGUCAGCAAAACAGGAAACAACGUAGACAGAAUGUCCCACACAGUAACAGUGACGAGAACGACGACGACGUCGACAACCUCGGCCAUCAUCAUCAACACCGGCUACCUCAAAACCGUCCCAGGGAUCCUCAAACUUUUAGAAGUGAUAAUUGCUGGAGUUUGCCUGUUCUUGGUAUCUUGGUAUGAUGUUUACCUGAGGCGCACCCCAUACCUGUUUUUCUUUAGCAUCGUAACUACAGCAUUUGUGGCCAGUAGUUGCCUUUUACUAGCCUGCCUUAUAUCCCUUUCUACGGCAUCAAUAAUCGCAAAGACUAUUUAUGAAUUGGUCUACCAUGUCGUGUUAUGCGUUCUCGUUUUAAUUUCCUCCAUACUCUUCUUCGUCGAAGUGGAGAACCAUUCCAAAAACUAUUACUACCACAAUCAAUAUAUGACAUGCGCUAUCCUGGGUUUAAUAUUAGGAGUGCUCUACUUGGUCAGCACUGUUUUUGCAUAUCGUAAUUACAGAGGAUUGUAAACGGUGCCCUUUUGGAUAAAACAUGCCUUAAGUGUGCUUAUACUUACAUUACUCUUGUCAAUUUCAAUUUUUAAAAUUUAUGUGUUCAUAUAUAAAAAAACAGUACUGCUGUUAAAAUUUAUUUUAACAAAUGUAUAUUUAAAAAAAUAUAUAUAUAUUUAUAAACACCUCUUUUUUAACAUAAAAUGAAAAAUCUUAAGUUUUGAACUAACACUCAAUGUUUUUAUGGAUUGAUUAUCAUCAUAAAAAAAUUAUUAUUUAAAUUACUCAUUUUAAUUAUUAUUACUGAAUAAAUAAUUAUUUUGUAAUUUUAUUGCUUCAGAUACUACCUGGAAAGUAUACUUUCUAGCGCUUUUGUACAAUUUAAAUGUAUUUUGUUUCGAUUAAUUUUAAGUAUUUUCUUUUUAUUAAAUAAAUAUAUAGUAAAUUUAAUUUUUAAGAGUAUUAUAUUAAAUAUUGUUAUUCACUCGUGUGUUAUAUCAUAAUUGUUGGUACUCUACUGGUACCCCAUGAAGGUGGGUAAAGUUAGGCUCUAAUUGUAUUUAUUAUUCUUAUAUAUGCUAUUAAAGCUAAUGCUAAAUAAUGUAAAAGCACAAUUGUUAUUAUUGUUAAAGCUUUAUGUAUUAAUUUAUUGUCAGAUAUAUUUUUUCUCUCUCUUAUCAGGCCUAUAGAAGCGCAUGUUAAUUGUCAAUUUUAUUUUUUUGUAUAUAUUAUUUAUAAAUUGACUAAUACUGUUGUUAAAAAUAAGUAUAAUUUUAAUAUUUUUGCAUUAAAUUGAUGUGU